CUCUGCGCGUUUGUUCCUGGUUCGUCUGGACUCCCUUUAUUUUCCUUAGUUUAUCCUUCAAUUUUUUUUUGUCAUCUCUCGUUCUCUUUCCUUCAUUUCUCUCUUCAUUUCAAUUGUUCUCUCUCCAUUCUUUCCAUCCUUAAAGCUUCAGAGCUAUUUACUUUAACGCACUUGCUAGUUUACGAUAAUUUAUAUGAUUAUCUCCCCUCAUAAAGUACACUUGCUUAACCUUCUUGUUUUUCCGGCCUAUUAGUUUGUUCACAAAAUAACCACAAAGAUAAAAGCAAGAAGGGAGGGAUAGAGAUUGAGUGUUAGAAUGAGCACAGUUUUUCUACCCACUACUACAGUAACUGCCACAACUGGAGACGAAGACGGCGAACCUAUCAGUUCCUCCAGCGCAACAGCAACGCACCACCAUCAUAGUCACCUUCGACAUGGUUCCUCAGCCUCACUCAGUUCCCUCAUAUCCUUUUCUUCACCUUCAAGCCCGUCAGCGUCAAGAUUAGAAGCCAAGGAAACAGCCGCCUCAUCACAUUUAUCAGGACCGCAAUCGAUCCCUAUCCGACUCAUCCAAUAUGUGAUUUCAAUUCUUCUCCAGAUCAGAGGAAAGUUACCUAUAGCAUUACGUCCAUGGUUCUGGGUGGGCCUUUGGUUGAUCUUCGCGGUCUUUGGCCUUGCUAUUUUUGUAGGAUUCCAUACACUAAUAUUUCAGCUCUUAGAAAGUAUUGCAACAUUCAUCAAAGGCCUUGGACGAGCCGGUCCUUUAAUUAUAAUGCUUGGGCUGUUUCUGACGGCAUUUCCACCCAUUUUCGGUUACUCAUCUCUUGUAACCAUGUCUGGAUAUGUCUACGGGUUUGCUUUUGGUUUAUUCAUCGCAUAUACAUCUGCGCUUCUUGGCUCUGUUGCUUGCUUUUACUUAUGCAGACGCUGGUUUAAGGUUCAAGUCAGGACGCUUAUGGCCAAGAAACAGGGCAUGAAAUCUGUUGUUAAAGCAGUCGAGAAGCGAGGAUUUAAACUAAUGCUCUUAAUCCGUCUGGCGCCAUAUCCUUUCAACGUUAUGAAUGCUCUACUCUCUGCGACCCAUAUCCCUCUCUCAACUUACACAUUUGCUACAGCACUCUCGCUUACAAAGUUGGCGCUUCAUAUCUAUAUCGGAUCUACAUUAUCAUCACUCGCCACAGUACCACCUUCAACAACUACCCCAGCCACAGAUACUGAGCAACAACAAUCACAAGAAGAUGAGGCCCUAGUUGAUACAAAUCAACAUGGGCAAAGUCUGAAGAUCUUGAUUAUGCUAAUAAGCAUGGCAUUAGGUAUCGGGGUUGGGGCCUAUGUUUGGAUCGUAGCAAAACGUGAGAUCGCAGCAAAUGAAGGGAUUAGGAUCGAGCGGAGAAGGAAAAAAAGACAAAGCCUUCGUCAGAGUCGCGCGUCCAUGAGAGCUUCUCCUGAAACAAGGAUCCCUGCUGCUAGACGUGGAUCUGCCAGGGUAGGAAGCCAUCUCUUGCCAAGGAGUAGUUCCUCAGGAGGAUUAGAUUUGUUGGGUAUUGAUUUAGGGUCUAAUGGAGCGAUAGGUCAAGGAAGAUUAUCUGAUUUUGUGGGUAAUGGAACUCUGCACAUAUAUACGGAAGAGGAUGAAGGGAAGGAAGAUCAGGCUCUUGUUGGUGGCACAGAUUCCUAUGCCCAUACUCAACGUGUAUCACGUUCGUCCACAGGGAGUCAAAUGGAAUACGGAUCUGAUUCUUACGGCUCUGAUAAUUUGAACGAUGAAGACGACGACGAUAUGAGCGAUGUAGAGCGCGGCAUGGAUGAUGAAGAUUUACUUAUCUGUAAUAGCACCGAGAUGAGCAUCAGAAACUCAUUUCAAUACAAUCGCCAUCCACAGACAAUACGGAGAACGGAAUUAGAAACCAUGGAUUGGUUCGCACUGAAUGGUCUCGAUAUUAGUGACCGCGGCUGAUGAAGUGACCUAAGUUAUAUAAACC